GGGGUUGCUCCUCCCACCCGGCGCCGGCAGGGGUAGCUCCUCCCUGCUGCCGCCCCUGGCCUCGUGCGGCUGUAGCUCCUCUCCGCUUUUGCGUUGUCGCAGCUUGGCAUUCUUGGCCGCCGCCCCUGACCUCGGACUUGGGGUAGCUCCUCCCGGCUGCCGCCGCCCCUGACAUCGACGUGAGGUAGCUCUUCCCGGCUGCUGCCCCUGACCUCGGACGCAGGUUUCCCAGGAUUCAAUUCAGAGAAGAGUCAGGAUGAGUGUUCACAAUCCUCCCAGACUUGUGAACUUGGCAGCAAUUGGCCUGCUGAGAGACGAGCCCUUAGCCAUCUCGACUUUGGAGUUUCUGCCCACAGAGCUCUACCCACCACUCUUCAUGGCUGCCGUCUUUGGCCGACGCAGGGAGACCCUGAAGGCUAUGGUGCCAGCCUGGCCCUUUGCCCGCCUGCCUCUGGGGGGCCUGAUGCAAAAGCCUCACCAAAGAACCUUACAAGCAGUGCUGGAAGGCCUUGAUGUCCUGCUUGCCCAGAAGGUUCACCCCAGGAGGGGCAAGCUGCAGGUGCUGGACUUAAGGAAUACCGGCCAGGACUUCUGGAACAUGUGGUCUGGAGGCAAGGGCCACAUGCCCUCAAGCUCACUGCUGGUUCCAGUGGCUGAGGACAUGUCCAGGAAAAGGCACCCCUUGACUCCCUUAGAAGUGUACAUAGAACUUUGUCUUAUGAAAAAGCCCCUGGAGAAAUUCCUUACCUACCUCUUCAGGUGGGUGGAGCAGAGAAAAGCCUCCAUACACCUGUGCUGUAAGAAGAUGAAGAUUAUUUCAAUGUCCAAGGAAAAUAUGAAGAAAGUUCUCAGGAUGGUGAAGCUGGACUGUGUACAGAUGGUGAAACUGAGUUUCACCCAGAAGCUGUCCACCCUGGCCCAGUUUGCUCCUCUCCUAGGUCAGAUGAGCAAUGUUCAGAGUCUCAUUCUCUCCCACAUUCGUGGGUCUGCUGUUGAGGAGCAGAACCAUCAGGAUCUUCUGAAAUUGACCUCUCAGAUCCUCCGGCUGCAGAACCUCCGGGAACUCUGCAUGGAAGCUCCAUCCUUCCUUGAAGGCCGUCUGGACCAGAUGCUCAGGUGCUUGAAGACCCCCUUGGACAACAUCUCAAUCACCAACUGCCUGCUUACAGAAUCAGACCUGACCCAUCUGUCCUGGUGUCCAAAAAUCUGUCAGCUGAAGGGCCUGAAUCUUAGUGGCGUCACCCUGACCGACUUUAAUCCCAAGCUCCUUCAAGUCCUACUGGAGAAAGUUGCAGGCACUCUGGAAGAACUGGACUUAAAUCUGUGUGGGAUCACGGACGUCCACCUCAUGGGCUUUCUGCCUGCCCUGAGCUGCUGCUCCCAGCUCAGGGUCCUCACCAUGUGCGGAAACCUCAUCUCCAUGGCUGUCCUGGAGAGUGUGCUGCGUCAUACUGACAGGCUCCCUGAUUUAAAUGUAGAGCUUUAUCCAGCCCCUCGGGAGAGUUACAGCUCUCUGGGUGUCCUUAAUUUGGAGAGCCUUGCUCAGAUAAAGGCUAAGCUAAGGGUGAUCCUUACAGACUUAGAACGUCCCAGGAAGAUUUGGGUUAGCCUCAGCCCCUGUCCUCACUGUGGUGAUGACAUGUGUGCUCACCUGAGUCCCAACACAUAAUUCUGUAAUACACUGCCUAGUCGGUUGCUUCUAUCAGAAGCUUUCUUCUGGACACUUGAAAACUGAAAUCUAGGACAUACAUCCAUUAUGAAGGGAAAACACAGCCCUGGUUUCUGAUAUAAGCUCAGUGUGAUUGAAAAACCGGAUCCAGCAGGGGUGCAGGAUUCCAAAGGGAGUGUUGACUUGAGGAAUUGAUGUGACUUUUCUAGAGAUGUGUUUAUAGAGUCAAAUAUGAAACUGAGUUUCUGGAAGAUUCAAUCUGAGACACAGAUGUUCAAGUUAUUUCUGUAUGCACACUUGUAGAAAUGAUCAGAAAUAAAGAGACGUUCAGUGUAAAUGA